AGAGUCCUAACAACUGGACCUCCAGGGAAUUCCCUGAAAUAGUAUUUUUAGCUUCUGGGAGCAUGCCAAUCUUCACCGAGUACGAAACUAUAUGUCUCCAAACACUUGGGUGAUCAGCUGCAGAGAGCAUUUGGCAAAAAUAGGAUCACGAUACCUUUAAAGGUGGGGUGAAGCUCACCUGGAUAUAUCUUUUCCCAACUCCCCUCCUGGCAAAGCUAGUCAUUUCUAGCGAAGUCCAGUCUCCUCAGUGUGUGGAUGUGUUGGGACUACAUUACCCAGAAUGCUCAGUAUCGAGCGGCAGGAACGCUACCCAAUGAACGCUUAGAGACAGGAGGCCGCAUGAUGUCAGGGCGGAACUUCUGGCUUCCUUUUCACAGCGGCCAUGUUAGCUACUCUUGGUUUUGUUUGACCAGUGUGAGAGAUUUGGGAAUUGUGGGUCCAUCUCGAGGUGACGGAAUUGAGAAGGUCCGAGAGGAGGGGCUGUCUUCGCGGCAUAGAGGCGGGUCUCAAGUUCGGCGACGCCGCCCGGGGGCCCCGUACCAGGCCCAGGAGAGGGUCCGCCGUCCCUGCGUCCCGCCUCUCCCGGCCCCGCUCCGCCCACAGAGUCGGAUGGCGGCGGCGGUGCUGAGGAACCUGCCUCAGGGCAGUGUGACCUUUGAGGAUGUGGCCGUGUACUUCUCCUGGGAGGAAUGGGAUCUCCUUGAUGAUGCUCAGAGAUGCCUGUACCACAACGUGAUGCUGGAGAACUUGGCACUUAUAACUUCCUUGGGUUGUUGGCAUGGAGCAGAGGAUGAAGAGGCACCUCCUGAACAGAGCAUUUCUGUAAAUAGAAUGUCACAGUGCAACAACACAGGAGGAGAUCCCUUAUGAAGAUGCCAUUUGCCUGUAUUGAACCAGAUACAUCCAAACAUCCACUUAAAUUCCAGGUAUGUGGGAGCUGCAUUGCACUUUUUAACCUGUCCAGGGCCCUUGCCAGAUUUAUGUCACCACCAGUUCUGUAGCAGAAGUCAUUUCACCUCUAACCACCUGGCAGAUGCCCAUAGUGUGCAACAUUCACCCAACCUAGGAAGGAAACCCCAGUGCUCUCCCACUUGCGGGAUGAUUCAUGAGUAGCUUGAACACUUAGUCUUUCCCAGUUUUUUUUCCUCCCUUAUGAGUUAAAUCAUGGACCUUACCCAGUUUUGGCCUAGAGGACUCCGUUGGUGAUUUGAAAAGAUGGACUACAUUUUUCAUAAUAUUAUUGAUCUCAUGAGACUCUAGUGAUGGGAUUUUCCAGCCUCCAAGUCACUAGCCUGGGGAACAGUCUGCCUCCCAUUGCUCUUGUUUGUAUAAUAAUAAAGGUCUUAUUGUUUAAGA